ACUGGGCUAAUGUUAUUGAAGCAAUAUCAGAUGACUUAAAAAUCACCAACCAAGACUUUAAAAAGACAGUUCAAGCUGACAAGUUGUUUGAUUUGUUUCAGGAGAGCGUCAGCAACCAUGAGAACGGUUUGGGUGAGCAUUCUGCUCAGCACCUGCUUGCAAACUCUCUCGGGAGUUAUCGUAGUUCGGCUGGGGGUCCAUGAUUUUCCAUUGGACGACGUAAUCCACCUGAAGGAGGUGAUGGAUGACGAGAUCUUUGAGAGGCCACGUUUUACCUACAUGGGCACCCGCUCAUUCUGCAACAACACGAACCUCCCUGAAGUGUUUAAACCGAUCUGUACCAAGGGAGAUGCUCCUCAGGUUUUCUACACACUGAGGCAGAUUGCUACAAACCCCUACCCUUGCACCAUCUGUGCCUACAUCGCCUGUGUUGGAUGCAGCUAACUUCAGGUGUGGACACCUGUCCCAUGUGUAAAAUAUCCAUCCCUUUACUGUUCUCCAAUCCACUCAGCCAUGGAGUUCACCAGCAAGGAAUCAAGGAAACUUGUCUUACGCUUGUGUGUGAUCAAUAAAGCAUAAAUCAAGAACUUCAUGUUGAAAACGUCCACUGCCUUCAAAGCAUUAAUCCUGCAGUACAGAAGAUUGCCAGAGGCCACUACCUAUGUUUAGAAAGGACCAGCUUCAAACUUAAUCACAAAACAUUGUCUCCACUUUCCCAAGGUGACUGACAAGGAUUUCUUCUUUCAAUAUAACAUCAUUGCCAACUUCCACAUCAAUUAUUCUUCCGUGUUUCUGCUUUCAAAGCUGAACAACAUGUGAAACAGCAAGCUCUAUUGCCCAGUCAGAGUCACAGAGUCAGUUAAUACACCAUUUUGCUCCUUUAGAUGAUGCUAUUUUAUUUUCAUCAAACUCGUGGGGUACUUUUCCCUUGUGUCAGAAUUAAACACUACUGGGUUAUAGACAGAGCCAGCUGAGAAUUCUCACAUCAUGUAUCAUUCAUUAGCCACAUGGACAGCAUUAUAAGCCACCCAUCUCCAAGCCGAGAGUGUCCUCUGGUAGGCUUCCAGUAAGGAAAAUACAUUUAGUUAAGUGGCUAUGAAAGAAGGUAGUUGAAAUAGGCUAUUAGAUGGGGUUAUACUUUACUGCUCUGUUUCUCAAUGGGUUUCCCUGAGUGAGACCAAUGUUCCCAUUGGCACAAUCUGAUGUACCUUGCUUGGGCUGCAUGUAUUUUACUGGAUUAUCCUGGGACAAGCUAGGCUGUAGAUUGAUGCCUAAGGGGCCAAGGACUCACACCAUUCUUUCCUGAAUAAAAAAAGGUUCCCUAGUUCCUUCUUCAGUACAGAUAUUCUGAAUGAAGUCUUGGCCUCCUGAACUGAAUUUCAGUGUUGGAUUGGGUAUACAGUUUAGGGUUUGAACUAUUUAAGAUCUGCAGGGAUUUUACAAACACAGGUUGCACUGUCACUGCUGACGCAGAAGAUCCUGGGUUCCAGUCCAGAAACAAGACCACAGAACUGGGCUGUAUUGUGGGUGUGCUGCUCUGCAGAGGGGCAUUGAAGGUAUUAAGCCAUGAAGCUGCAGCGAAACAGCGACAAGAUGUUGGAGGAAUUCAGAGGCCAGGCAGCAUCCGUGGAGAAAAGCAGGCGGUCAGUGUUUUGGGUCAGGACCCUUCUUCAGGAAGAUAGGAAAAGGGGAAGCCCAAUAUAUAGGGGGAAAGAGCAGAGCAGUGAUAGGUGGACGAAAGAGGGGAAGUGGGGUGGGCACAGGGUGGUGAUAGGUAGACACAGG